CAGACAGCAGACCGAGGCUCUGUCAGGCCUGAAGACGAAUCGUUGGAAGCGAAGAGAGAGAGACCGUCGGGCCCCGAGUCGCCUGUGCAAGGCCCCCGCAUCAAGCACGUCUGCCGCCAUGCUGCUGUGGCCCUGGGUCAGGCCCGGGCUAUGGUGCCUGAGGACGUGCCCCGCCUCAGCGCGCUCCCUCUCCGGGACCGGCAGGAUCUCGCCGCAGAGGACACCUCGUCAGCAUCUGAGACUGAGAGUGUCCCGUCGCGCUCCCAGCGGGAGAAGGUGGAGUCAGCAGGCGCCGGGGGAGACUCGGAGCCCGCAGGGUCUGCAGCGACUCUGGCGCACACACCUCGGCGCACGCUGCCCUCCCACCACGGCAAGAAGAUGCGGAUGGCACGGUGUGGACACUGUCGGGGCUGCCUGCGAGUGCAGGACUGUGGGUCCUGUGUCAAUUGCCUGGACAAGCCCAAGUUUGGGGGCCCCAACACCAAGAAGCAGUGCUGUAUACCGUAAGUGUGACAAGAUAGAGGCUCGGAAGAUGGAGCGCCUGGCUAAGAAAGGCCGGACGAUAGUGAAGACGCUGUUGCCCUGGGAUUCCGAUGAAUCUCCUGAGGCCUCCCCUGGUCCUCCAGGCCCACGCCGGGGGGCGGGGGCUGGGGGGCCCCGGGAGGAGGUGGUGGCCCCCCCAGGGUCCGAGGAGCAGGACUCCCUCCUACUGCAGCGCAAGUCAGCCCGGCGCUGCGUCAAACAGCGACCCUCCUAUGAUAUCUUCGAGGACUCGGAUGACUCGGAGCCCGGGGGUCCCCCUGCUCCCCGGCGUAGGACCCCCCGAGAGAAUGAGCUGCCAGUACCUGAACCCGAGGAGCAGAGCCGACCCCGCAAACCCACCCUUCAGCCCGUGUUACAGCUUAAAGCCCGCAGACGCCUGGACAAGGACGCUUUGGCCCCUGGCCCCUUCGCCUCUUUUCCCAAUGGCUGGACUGGAAAACAAAAAUCCCCUGAUGGCGUGCACCGAGUCCGCGUGGAUUUUAAGGAGGACUGUGACCUAGAGAACGUGUGGCUGAUGGGCGGCCUGAGCGUGCUCACGUCUGUGCCGGGGGGCCCACCGAUGGUGUGCUUGCUGUGUGCCAGUAAAGGCCUGCAUGAGCUGGUGUUCUGCCAAGUCUGCUGUGACCCUUUCCACCCCUUCUGCCUGGAGGAGGCCGAGCGCCCCCUGCCCCAACACCACGACACCUGGUGCUGCCGCCGCUGCAAGUUCUGCCACGUGUGUGGGCGUAAAGGCCGGGGAUCCAAGCACCUUCUGGAAUGUGAGCGCUGCCGCCACGCCUACCACCCAGCCUGCCUGGGGCCCAGCUAUCCGACACGGGCCACCCGCAAACGGCGCCACUGGAUCUGCUCAGCCUGCGUGCGCUGUAAGAGCUGUGGAGCGACUCCAGGCAAGAACUGGGACGUCGAGUGGUCUGGCGACUACAGCCUCUGCCCCAGGUGCACCCAGCUCUUUGAGAAAGGAAACUACUGCCCUAUCUGCACCCGCUGCUACGAAGACAACGACUACGAGAGCAAGAUGAUGCAGUGCGCGCAGUGCGACCACUGGGUGCAUGCCAAGUGUGAAGGCCUCUCGGAUGAAGACUAUGAGAUCCUUUCGGGGCUCCCCGACUCGGUGCUUUACACCUGUGGACCGUGUGCUGGGGCUACGCACCCCCGCUGGCGAGAGGCCCUAAGUGGGGCUCUACAGGGAGGCCUGCGCCAGGUGCUGCAGGGCCUGCUGAACUCCAAGGCGGCAGGCCCCCUGCUGCUGUGCACCCAGUGUGGGCAGGAUGGAAAGCAGCUGCACCCAGGACCCUGUGGUCUGCAGGCCGUGAGUCAGCGCUUUGAGGAAGGCCACUAUAAGUCCGUGCACAGCUUCAUGGAGGACAUGGUCGGCAUUCUGAUGAGGCACUCAGAAGAAGGGGAGCCCCCAGAGCGCCGGGCUGGAGGCCAGACAAAGGGGCUCCUGCUGAAGCUGCUAGAGGCUGCGUUCGGCUGGUUCGACGCCCAUGACCCCAAGUACUGGCGACGGAGUACCCGGCUGCCAAACGGAGUCCUUCCCAACGCCGUGCUGCCUCCAUCCUUGGACCACGUCUACGCUCAGUGGAGGCAGCAGGAGCCAGAGACCCCAGAGUCAGGGCAACCUCCAGGAGACCCCUCGGCGGGCACUGCUUGCCAGGGCAAGGGCCCAGCCGCGUCCUCACACCUGGAAGACCCCCGUCAGUGUGCGCUCUGUCUCAAGUACGGGGACGCAGACUCGAAGGAGGCAGGGCGGCUCCUGUACAUCGGGCAGAAUGAGUGGACACAUGUCAACUGUGCCAUUUGGUCAGCUGAAGUGUUCGAGGAAAACGAUGGCUCCCUUAAGAAUGUACACGCGGCUGUGGCUCGAGGGAGGCAGAUGCGCUGUGAGCUCUGCCUGAAGCCUGGCGCCACCGUCGGCUGCUGCCUCUCCUCCUGCCUCAGCAACUUCCACUUCAUGUGCGCCCGGGCCAGCUAUUGCAUCUUCCAGGAUGACAAGAAGGUUUUCUGCCAGAAGCACACAGACCUGCUGGAUGGCAAGGAGAUCGUGACCCCUGACGGAUUUGACGUUCUCCGCCGAGUCUACGUGGACUUCGAGGGCAUCAACUUCAAGCGAAAGUUUUUGACGGGUCUCGAACCUGAUGCCAUCAACGUGCUCAUUGGCUCCAUCCGAAUCGACUCCUUGGGUACUCUGUCUGACCUCUCAGACUGCGAGGGACGGCUCUUCCCCAUUGGCUACCAGUGCUCCCGUCUGUACUGGAGCACAGUGGAUGCUCGGCGGCGCUGCUGGUAUCGGUGCCGCAUUCUGGAGUAUCGGCCGUGGGGGCCGAGGGAAGAGCCGGUUCACCUGGAAGCAGCAGAGGAGAACCAGACCAUUGUGCACAGCCCUGCCCCUCCCUUAGCACCCCCAGAUCAUGUGGACCCCCCGCCAGAUGCAGAUGCUCUUAUCCCUGGAGCUCCUGAGCACCACUCACCCAUUCAGAACCAGGACCCCCCACUUCGGUUGGAUCCAAGCAACCCCCCUCCCCCAGCCCCCCGCUCCUUCUUGGGGGCUCGAAUCAAAGUGCCCAACUACUCACCAUCCCGGAGGCCCUUGGGGGGUGUCUCCUUUGGACCUUUGCCCUCCCCUGGAAGUCCAUCUUCUCUGGCCCACCACAUCCCUACAGUAGGAGACCCGGACUUCCCAGCUCCCCCCAGACGCUCCCGUCGUCCCAGCCCCCUGGCCCCCCGGUUGCCACCGUCACGACGGGCCUCGCCCCCUCUCAGAACCUCCCCUCAGCUCAGGGUGCCCCCUCCUACCUCAGUCAUUAGAGCCCUCACACCUACCUCAGGGGAGCUGGCUCCCCCUGGCCUGGCCCCAUCUCCCCCGCCACCCCCUGAAGACCUGGGCCCAGACUUUGAGGACAUGGAGGUGGUGUCAGGACUGAGUGCUGCUGACCUGGACUUUGCGGCCACCCUGCUGGGGACUGAGCCCUUCCAGGAAGAGAUUGUGGCCGCCGGGGCAGUGGGGAGCAGCCAUGGGGGCCCCGGGGACAGCUCAGAGGAAGAAACCAGCUCCACCCCGCGCUACGUCCAUUUCCCUGUGACUGUGGUGUCUGGCCCUGCCUUGGCGCCCGGCCCCCUCUCGGGCGCGCCCCGCAUCGAGCAGCUGGAUGGUGUGGAUGACGGCACAGACAGCGAGGCCGAGGCUGUCCAGCAGCCGCGGGGCCAGGGCGCUCCUCCUUCGGGGCCAGGAGCAGGCCGGGCCGGGGCCAUUGGGGCUGCCGGGGACAGGGCCCGACCUCCUGAGGACUUGCCUUCGGAGAUUGUGGAUUUUGUGCUGAAGAACCUGGGGGGGCCAGGGGAGGGAGAUGUUGGGCCCAGAGAGGAGGCGCUCCCCCAACCACCACCUAUAGCGAAUGGCAGCCAGCCCCCCCAGGCCCUUCCCCCUAGCCCAGCUGACCCUACCCGGACAUUUGCCUGGCUCCCUGGGGCCCCAGGGGUCCGGGUGUUGAGCCUCGGCCCUGCCCCUGAGCCCCCCAAACCUGCCACAUCCAAAAUUAUCCUUGUCAACAAGCUGGGGCAAGUGUUUGUGAAAAUGACUGGGGAGGGUGAGCCUGCCUCACCCCCAGUGAAGCAGCCGCCUCUCCCCCCACCUGUCCCCCCCACAGCCCCCACCUCCUGGACUCUGCCCCCAGGUCCCUUGCUGGGUAUGUUGCCAGUGGUGGUCCGCCCUGCCCCACCCCCUCCACCCCCUCCAUUGACGUUGGUGUUGAGCAGUGGACCCCCCAGCCCACCCCGCCAGGCCAUCCGCGUCAAGAGGGUGUCCACCUUCUCUGGCCGUUCCCCACCGGCGCCUCCCCCAAGCAAGACCCCCCGGCUGGAGGAAGAUGGGGAGUCCUUGGAGGAACCCCCCCAGGGGGUUGCAGGACUUAGUGGCAGCGGGUUUAGCCGAGUGCGGAUGAAGACGCCCACUGUGCGUGGAGUUCUAGACCUGGACGAUCCUGGGGAGCCCGCCGGGGAGGAAAGCCAGAGGCCCCUCCAAGACCGGUCCCCUCUGCUGCCACUUCCAGAUGGCGGUGCUACGCGGACAUCCGACGGUCCCCCCGACUUGCUGCUUGAGUCCCAGUGGCACCACUACUCAGGUGAAGCUUCGAGCUCAGAGGAAGAGCCUCCAUCCCCAGAGGACAAAGAGAACCAGGCCCCAAAACGGGCUGGCCCGCACCUGCGCUUUGAGAUCAGCAGUGAGGACGGGUUCAGCGUGGAGGCAGAGAGCUUGGAGGGGGCCUGGAGAACGCUGAUUGAGAAGGUGCAAGAGGCCCGAGGGCAUGCCCGGCUCCGACACCUCUCCUUCAGUGGAAUGAGUGGGGCAAGGCUCCUGGGCAUCCACCAUGAUGCUGUCAUCUUCCUGGCGGAGCAGCUGCCGGGCGCCCAGCGCUGCCAACACUAUAAGUUCCGCUACCACCAGCAGGGAGAGGGCCAGGAGGAGCCGCCCUUGAAUCCCCACGGGGCGGCCCGCGCGGAGGUCUAUCUCCGGAAGUGUACUUUCGACAUGUUCAACUUCCUGGCCUCCCAGCACCGGGUGCUCCCUGAGGGAGCCACCUGCGAUGAGGAAGAGGAUGAGGUGCAGCUCAGGUCCACCAGACGUGCCACCAGCCUGGAGCUGCCCAUGGCCAUGCGCUUUCGCCAUCUCAAGAAGACGUCCAAAGAGGCUGUGGGUGUCUACAGAUCUGCCAUCCACGGGCGGGGCCUGUUCUGUAAGCGCAACAUCGACGCGGGUGAGAUGGUCAUCGAGUACUCUGGUAUUGUCAUUCGCUCUGUGCUGACUGACAAGCGGGAGAAGUUCUACGACGGGAAGGGCAUCGGGUGCUACAUGUUCCGCAUGGAUGACUUUGACGUCGUGGACGCCACGAUGCACGGCAACGCCGCCCGCUUCAUCAACCACUCGUGUGAGCCCAACUGCUUCUCUCGAGUCAUCCACGUGGAGGGCCAGAAGCACAUUGUCAUCUUCGCCCUGCGCCGCAUCUUGCGCGGUGAGGAGCUCACCUAUGACUACAAGUUCCCCAUCGAGGAUGCCAGCAACAAGCUGCCCUGCAACUGUGGCGCCAAGCGCUGCCGUCGGUUCCUUAACUGAAGCCGUGGCUGCCCGCGUCAUCCCCAUGACCCCUGCUGCCAUCUGGCCCUAGCCUGGGGGCUUCCCAGUUCCUCCCUGAGCAUCUCACCCCCACCCUCAAGUUCAGGGUGGAUGUGGGUGUGCCGGUGGCAAGGGCCUUGCCUCCACCCCUCCAGCCCACCCAGCAAUCGGCCCCCUAAAUGCCCUGGGGGCCCAGGAUGUAGAUACUGUACAAAGGUUUCUAAAUCCCUUCUUUUCUAUGCACUUUUUUAUUUAAGAGGGUGGGAACCCAGGUGGGAACCCCCCACAAUAAAGUCUGUCAAUGUUUGGA